AGCUGCAACCACCUACGAUCUGCCUCCACUUGCCCUUAGCAUAUCAAAGCAAAUCACCCCUCGCCACUCACCUCUGCUUCACCAACGAUAUGGAGCAUCUCUCUCGCACCUACCCUCUAGAUGAACCCAUCUCGCCCUCGAGCCUGCUUCCUCCUCAUCUCCAUCAUCCGCAUCUCGUCGAAUUGCAACAAAUUCCCGUCAAUUGGGAUAUCAUAGAUUAUUGCAUCGAGUACAUCGUCGCUUUCCUGCUGCCGUUCCGCCCCGAUGUCCCCAGGCACCGUCUCAAGACCUCCUUCUUCGCGCAUGUUGCGUGCAACGUCGUCAGCAGGUCGGAGACGGAGAUUGGCACGCUGCUGGUUGCUCUGUCGUUCAUCAACAGGGCCGGGGAUGCUUUCGCGAAAAAUCGCCACCUCGACCUCGGCAAACCAUGGGACGCGGAAGACUUGUUCAUAGCGGCACUCAUGCUGGCGAAUAAGGCUGUCGACGAUAGUCCUUAUCCUCUCUCCUAUUGGGAGGCAUGGACUACGGUCAUGAACAAGAAGACGCUGUGCACGCUCGAGCGCCACUUCCUGAUGCUCAUCGACUACGACAUCAAAGUCAAGGAAGAAGAGCUACUGCGCCACUACGACGGGGUGAUGCAGUACUGCAUUCGGGAGAGGGGUGGUUGGCACCGACUCAUGGACCUGCUGCGUUCUGACGCUGUCGAGCGAGAUGACCAACCUCCUCCGAGGCAGCACCCUGCCCCCAUCGGAACCGGCCGCCCUCGUGGUGAUGCCCCUCAGCAGCCACGCGCCGGUCCACCGUCAGAGCGCCGUCCUGAGGCGUCGUCGUCGGCACGUCCGUAUCCCGAGUACCGCCAGGCAGAGAGGCCUCCGUCGCAGUAUUCACGGGCUCAGCAUCCGGCUGCUCCGCCUCCUUCUGCGCGACAUCCGCCACCUGAAGCUCGGGCAUACGAGCCACCUGCACUUCCGCAUGAGCGAGACGACGCGUCUGCGCCACGUCGCCCUGCGCCACCUGCGCCCUGGCAGGCCGAGGCUCGCCCGCCGCUACCGUCAUACGAUCAUCGAGUGCGUAGGCGGUCCCGGUCUCCUACUCCACGUCGCCCCCAUCUGCCUGCAGCGCGGUCUCCGUACCGUGAAGCUGAGCGUUACGGACGGUGGGACCCUUAUCCGCGCAGCGAUCGUAGAGUCCGGACUUCACGCGAGCACAUCCUCGACCAUGACGAUGACCCACGCCCCCGGCGGUCAUACGGACAGCCAUCGAGAAUGCCGUACGACGGCGACCGGUAUCACCGCUCGCGUGGACAUUUCGAACCGGCUGCGGCAUGCUUGCCUCCUCUGCGAGAGCUGUGGCGCUUGCAGGACGACGCGCCUGACUACCCUAACCGCUAUCGGAUGCCCUCGCCCGUGAGCUGUCGACGAUACGACGACCCUCGUUGGAUUCGUGAGCCAUCAUUACCGCGUUUCGACGACCGUCACGCGCGGUACCAGAGAUGAACAGCUCGAGCUCCGUGAUCAACUCUGACACUCAACGUGGCGCGAACUCGACCGGCUCAACGACUAGGACACCCCAUUGCUACUCUGCCCUUUUCAGCGGCGGCCACUAGUGAUUUGUGACGAAACGGUCAUCAGCACUGGUUUACAGCGAGAGUCUC